GAGAGCACUCUGCAGACGGAGGAGCAGCGUCAGCUCAAUAAAAUCUUCCUGCAGGAUUUCUGUAACUCUGAUUACAUCAUCAGCCCCAUCGACAAGCAUGAGACGCAACGCAGCUCCGUCCUGAAGCUGCUGUCUGUCUCGUACCGGCUGGUGGAGUCCUGGGAGUUCCCGAGUCGUUCUCUGUCCGCAGGCGCGAGGAACCAGAUCUCCCUGAAACUGUCGGAGCUGAAGGAGGGAAUCCUGCUCCUCAUCAGGGCCAAUCAGGAGGGAGCUGAGCUGUUCUCCGACAGCUCCGCCCUCCAGCUCGCUCCCUUUGGAAACUACUAUCAAAGUCUCGGAGGAGAGGAGACGCUGAGGAGGAGCUACGAACUCCUCGCCUGCUUCAAGAAGGACAUGCACAAGGUGGAGACCUACCUGACGGUGGCUAAAUGUCGACUCUCUCCAGAGGCCAACUGCACGCUGUAGCCCCGCCCCUGCCCGUAGCCCCGCCCCCACGUUGAUGAUGUAACGCAGAGUGUUCUGUAGCCCCGCCUCCAUGAUUCUGAAUCUGCCAACUAGCAUUAGCAUUAGCAUUAGCAUCAGUGUUAGCCUCAGUGUUGUCAUGAUGACAGGUGUCAACAGGAAGUGAUGUCACACUGUUUUGAUGUUAAAUAAACUGUGUUGCAUUUA